CGGCUCGCACUGAGCAUGCUCGGCGGCGGGGCGGGCCUGGGGUCCGGAAGCUGGGACGAGUCUCUGGCGCCCGCCGCUUGGGGGUCGCGGGCCCUGAUGGGCAAUGGGCGCUCGGGGGUUUUGGCCGGGGGCCUCUUGGCCGCGGCCCUGGCGCUGGGGGUCCAGGGCGGGCUCCCCGCCAGCCCGUGUGACCUCGGCUCCCCCUGGGGCGCGCAGCCUCCCCCGGGUGAUCUCCGGGCUCCGGGAACUCGGCCGGAGCGGAAGGCGCAGGACUUGUGCCGCGCGGUUUGGCCCGGCGAGGGAAGCUCUCCCUCGAAGACUGCAGCCCUGAUGCGGAUGCGUUGCUGUUCCGUAGCAGAAGCACCUGUCGGCGUGAGAGUCACCGAGCAAGCGGAGGUCUUCAACCCGCUCCCGACUUCGGCAGCCUCCCCUGGACCCUGGGCUCAUUCCUUACUGGCUUUCUUGCCUUCCUGGCCUAGGAAGACCUUCUUGAAAACAGAGUCCCCCGUAACACACCGCCUGUCCGGGGACGUUCCAAGAGAAGCGCUUGGGGCUUCGCACAGCGGAAUCGUGUUUCGGAAGUGCGCCCUGGUGUCCGGGCAGAGUGACCGGCAGACCGUGCAGGUGCGGCUGCUGGUGGACAACACCAAGACGCCCUCGUCGGCCAACCUCUCAGACCUGCUCCUGCUGGACAACAUCACCGGCCUCACCAUCAGGGAGUCGGCCGGGAACAAGACCUCGGACGGGUUCCAGGCUUUCCGGAAGAAGUUUCUAGAAGUCGGAGACUCCUACUGGGUCAGCUACACGGCCUCGAUGGACGCCAGAGCCCUGGGGACUGGAAACAGCCUGACGCUUCCUGCCCAGCUCACCUUUCGGAGCUGGUCGCUGAACAGCUCACAGCUCAAAGCCCACUUCACCAUCACAGUAGAAGAAAAGGUCACGGUUCUGCCCAACCACGGGCUCCACGCUGCCGCGUUUUUUGGCGCCUUCGUCGUGUCAUUUGUGCUGAGCUGGGCGGUGCUGUUCUGGGCGGCGAGAUGCUGGUGUCUGAAGGGAGGCGCGUGCACCAGAACUGGGGUGCAGCGCCACGGGAGCAAGCUGGAGCCCCCGCUCUUCUCCUCGGCCAGCGGGGUGAGCGAGGACCUGGCCCUGAGUGACCAGCUGGUGGACAUCCUGGCUUCUGAGGACCCCGGGGGGAUGCUUCAAGCCUUGGAAGAGCCGCUGCGGAGUGCGCCGGCCUCCUGCGGAGCCUGCACGGGCUGGAGCAGGAGCACUUGCAGGCGUCUCUGGCCCUGCAGCGGGAGGAGGACUUCGCCGAGGCGCACCGGCAGCUGGCUGUCCUGCGGAGGAACGAACUGCACAGCGUCUUCUUCAGCCAGAUACGAAGCGCCGUCUGCGAAGGGGACCUGAAGCCCGAGGCAGCCAAGGAGCUGCUGCAGGAUUAUUCUAAAGUACAGGAGAAUGUAGAAGAGUUAAUGGACUUUUUCCAGGCCAGCAAGAGGUAUCAUCUAAGCAAAAGAUUCGGCCACAGGGAGUACCUGGUCCAGAACCUACAGUCCACCGAGACCCGCGUGCAAGGCCUGCUGAGUGCGGCCGCAGCCCAGCUGACCCACCUCAUCCAGAAACAUGAGAGAGCCGGGUACUUGGAGGAGGAUCAGACGGAGCUGCUGCUGGAGCGGGCGCACACGGAGGUCUUCGCCGUGCAGCAGAGGUUGGACCACGACUUGAAGCAGGAGAAGAAGAGGCUGCGGCAGAAACUGCUCACCAAGAGGAGGCGGGAGCUGCUGCAGAAGCACAAGGAGCAGCGGAAGCAGCAGCUGUGCGUGGCCGAGGCCGCCCGCGCCGCGGAGGACGCCGCCCGCUACCUGCAGCAGUGGCGGGGCCUGGUGGCCGAGCAGAGCGCCGCCCUGGAGGAGCUGCAGGAGCGGCUGGACCAGGCCGCCCUGGACGAGCUGCGGGCGCUGACGCUGGCCCUGUCCGAGAAGGCCGCCGAGGAGCUGCGGCGCCUGCAGAGCGCGGCCGCGGCCCAGGAGCCACUCAAGUGCAGCGUGCCCUGGCUGUUCCUGCAGCAGAUCCUGGAGGAGCAGGGCCGGGAGCUGGCGGCGCGGGCCGAGCAGCUGGAGGCGGAGGACAGGGCCCGCGGCCAGGACGGCGUCCGCAGCGUGAGGCAGCGGCUGAGGGACGACUCUCUGGAGGCCGCCACGGAGGAGCAGGCCGAGCUGAGGCGCUGGGAGCACUUGGUCUUCACGCAGCUCUGCUCCUUGGCCUUCUCCCUGUCUGAAGAGGAGCUGCUCCAGAUGCGACAGGACGUCCACGGCUGCUUCGCACAGAUGGACCGCAGCCUGGCCCUCCCCAAGAUCCGGGCCCGGGGCCUGCUACAGAGGCUGCAGGCCGCCUGGCGAGAAGCGGAGUUCCUGAAGCUGGACCAGACCCUGGCUGCCCCCGAGCUGCAGCACCCGCACAAGGCCAGGAAGCCGCGCUCCAAGAGCAGGAGCCCCGCAGACCUUUACAAGAAGCGCCUCGAAGACAGAAUUCACCUGCUGGAGGCACAAGUGCCCGGAGACCUGGCGGAGAAGGCUCGGGGGGAACUGCUGCGGGAGAGAGUGCGGCGGCUGGAGGCCCAGGAGGGCCGCUUCGCGGAGUCGCUGGUGGCGCUGCAGUCCCAGAAGGCGGCGCGGGUGACCGAGACCCUGUCCACCUACGGCGCCCUGCUCAGCCUCCAGGACCUGCUGCUGGAGGAGCUGCGCGACACCGAGACCCUGACCAAGGCAGCCUGCACCCAGAUCCUGGAGUCGCACGGCCCGGAGCUGCAGGAGCUGCAGAGGAAGCUGGAGGACCGGCUGGCGCAGCAGGAAGCCGCCCAGCAACAGCAGGCCCUGGAGAGCUGGCAGCGCUGGGCGGCCGACGGGCCCGGGCUGCUGAGCGAGCCUGGGGAGGAGGACCCUGCGGGGCGGAUGUCCGCUGCCCUGCAGCAAGCCCUGGGCAAAAGCCAGGAGCUCCUGGAGCAGCAGCAGCAGAGUUGCAGAGAGGAGCAGCAGAGCGGGGCCGUCCUGGAGGAUCUGCUGGAGAAGAUGGAGGCCGACACGGUCGGGGCGCUGUGCAGCCAGGAGCUGAGGCUGGUGUGCUACCUCUGCAAGAUGACCCUGGUGCCCGGGGCCACGCUGCGCCGGCUGCUGAGCCUGGUGCUGCCCACCGCCUCGCAGCCCCAGCUGCUGGCCCUGCUGGACGCGGCCAGCGAGAAGCAUUCGGACCACGCGGCGGAGAACGAGGGCGGCGGGGACCCGGCGGAGCUGGCCAGGAGGCGGAAGCACCGGGGCUGGUGGCAAGCCUUGGAGCGCAGACUGCGAGAAGACCUGAGCAGCAGGGGGUUUGAAAAGAGGCUGUGGUUUCGCGAGAGGAAGGAGAGCAUAUUGAAGAAGGCGUGUCCGCCGCUCAGAGAGAGGACGAUGUUCUCUGCGAAAGGCAGCUGGCCACAGCUGUCCCUGGAGCCCGUCGGCGAGCCGGCGGCCGUGCCCGUGGUCGGGCUGGAAACCAUCGAGGUGUUCAACGCCGGGGAAAAGCUCUUCAUUUUCCGAAAUCCGCAGGAGCCGGAGAUCUCGCCGCGCGUUCCGCCCAGGAGGAAGAGGAGGAACUUCCUGAACGCCAAAAAGGCCACUCGGGCCGCGGCCGUGGACCGGCAAGAGGGGGAGGCCCACGGCGGCCUCUGAGCUGGCUCUUCAUCUUCUGCCCACCGUGCGCGUGGCCCGUGCACGGCGGCAAGUUCAGGCUGUGCCAGUGGAGGACCCAGACCCUCCGGCUUCCAGGGACGCAGUGUAAUCUGUGGAUUUCCCGACGGCACUGGCUGCCGCAUCAUAAGGACUCAAGCUGCCCGUCCUUUCCGUCCCCUCACCAGGGGUCUGGGGGAGACCUGCACCCCCCAGUUCUCACGCCCCGCCCGACUGCCUGCCACGGACUCCGUCCACGUCCACGGCAAGGCUCUGCGCUCUUCUUUCUGCAUUUGUUACAUAUUCUGCUUUUUUUUUUAAUUUUUUAUUUUUUGACAGGCAGAGUGGACACUGAGAGAGAGAGUCAGAGAGAGAGACAGAGAGAAAGGUCUUCCUUUUGCUGUUGGUUCACCCUCCAAUGGCCGCCGCAGCCAGCGCACCGCACUGAUCUGAAGCCAGGAGCCAGGGGCUUCUCCUGGUCUCUCAUGGGGUGCAGGGCCCAAGCACCUGGGCCAUCCUCCACUGCACUCCCGGGCCACAGCAGAGAGCUGGCCUGGAAGAGGGGCAACCGGGACAGAAUCCGGCGCCCCAACCAGGACUAGAACCCGGUGUGCUGGCGCUGCAGGCGGAGGAUUAGACUAGUGAGCUGCGGAGCCAGCCUACAUAUUCUGCUUUUAUACAAGAAACUUUAAAAAAUAUUUUACACAUGGUUCUUCAUAAAGGACUGACCUGUUUGUAAACGCUUGGUGUGUCUUGGCUCCCGUCGUGGCACCGAUGCUGGUUAGCACUGGGCCCAGACUGCUCGGUGCUGGCCCGUUCAGCAGGGUGGGUGCGAGGGAGCAGUUAUUCCAGAAGCCGGACGCCGGGCAGGGGAAGACAGAGCUCGCUGCUUCCAAAUCUGCAGCUCUGCAGGAGGACUUGUGACGGGGGGAGGGGAGUCGGGGGCGCUGAGGGCAGCUCCCUGGGUUUCCAGGGUCGCUUUCUUGGGGGGUCUUUGAUACAGGACAGCUGUUGGGGGCUGGUGGUCGGAAAAACUUCCUUACAGGGUCUGCUGUUCCCGCCCCCUCCCUGCAGUCACCCCGGAAAUGCUCGUGCACCCGCCGAGCAGGCAUUACACUCGCAUCAGUGGGCGUUGGCUGUUGGGAUUCCACGAGCAGAGGCAGAGGCAGUUUGCUUCCAGCUGCAAACCCGUGGCGAGCCCAGGGUUAGGAUGCGGAGAGGAGAGGAAUUCUCGUGUCCCAGGAGAGAUCAGCUGCUGAACAGGGACUUUGCAGAAGGUCCCGGGGGCGGGGGGGCUGCCUGCAGUCCUAACGAGCCGCCAUUGGCCGUGUCCCCCAGCGCUGGUGGAUAGGCACGAGCAGAGAGGAGAGCUGACGAGGCCAGUUUUCCCAUCUAGGAGAUCUAGGUGGUCACACGCGGGGUGGGGGAGUGGAAGGUGUACCCAGCUGACCCGAGUUCCAAUCCUGGGCGCUCCCUUUGGGCCGUGGGCUCCUGGGCGAGUUUCUGGCCUUUCUGAGUGUCUUUUUCCUUCCCGGCAGAAUGGCGAGAACCCCCUAGUCAGGAUCAGAGGCAGCUGUCGGUGGUGACCGUGUUCCUGUCGGCUAGCUCGCUGCUUUUGCAGGGCCUCUGCUGGAGUUAUGCACAGUUGAAAGGAGAUUGCACGGAAGGAUUAAAAAAAAAAAUAGCUCCAACGUAUAGACUGGGCGGUGAUUGAAGAGGCCAUUAGCAGCCAAAGGAGGUGCCCCAGCAGGUCAGAGCCCAGCAUCGGAACCUGGUAACAGCGCCCUCUGUCGGUGGACAGGAGAGCCCAGCCUCGGAUUCGCCCCAGGAUGUGCUGGGCAGCCAGGUGGAUGGGGUUGGAGCUAUGGGAGUGUGCAAGCAGAGGCAAAUCCCUUCCUUUCUCUUCGCCCCACAAGUGUCCACUGAGUGCUGUCUGCCUGCACCCUGAUGGCUCACUCACCAAAUCUGUAUGGAGAGGGAGGCUUCAAAAAUUGCGUGGGGAAGAAUAUGCAUAUUAUGAAAAAUCUAGGCAUGGACUUUAAAACUUUUUUUGCAGAAAAACUGCCUUUAAAAUUGUUUUAAGUUGGUUGAUUUGAAAGGUGGAGAGAGAGAGAGGGUGUCCCAUCCACUGGGUCACUCCCCAAAUGCCCACAAUAGCCAGGGUUAGGCCAAGCUGAAGCCAGGACCCCGCAACUCACUCUGGGUCUCCUGCGUGGGUGGCAGGGACCCAAGGGCUUGAGCCAUCACCUGCUGCCUCCCAGGGUGUGGCUCAGCAGGGAGCUGGAGCAGAAGCAGAGGUGGGGCUCGAACCCAGGGACUCCAGUGGUGAUACAGGUGCCCCAGGCAGCACUGUAACUGCUGCAGCAAAUGUAGGUUUAGAUUCCUACUCCGGGGACUAUUGCAUUCUUACACAGCAGUCUUCUUAGUACAUCGGGACUAAAACUCAGCUAUCGAAAAAGGUCAGAGGCAGGCGGAAAUGCUAACAUUAAAACUGAACACUCAACUAGCGAGGUGAGUAUGCCGUGAUGGGGAGCACGCAUCUGCGCCAAGAAGCUGAGAAGCUGAGAAAACUCCUCUGACCCUCAGCAUCUGACGUCCCUUUUUAAAACCAUAUCGGGACCGAAUUGCUGUCUAAUGGAUGCACAGAUUUUUUUUUUUUUUUUUUUUUGGACAGGCAGAGUGGACAGUGAGAGAGAGAGAGACAGAGAGAAAGGUCUUCCUUUUGCCGUUGGUUCACCCUCCAAUGGCCACCACGGCUGGCGUGCUGCGGCCGGCGCACUGCGCCUAUUCAAAGGCAGGAGCCAGGUGCUUCUCCUGGUUUCCCAUGGGGUGCAGGGCCCAAGCACUUGGGCCAUCCUCCACUGCACUCCCGGGCCACAGCAGAGAGCUGGCCUGGAAGAGGGGCAACCGGGACAGAAUCCGGCGCCCCGACCGGGACUAGAACCCGGUGUGCCGGCGCCGCAAGGCGGAGGAUUAGCCUAGUGAGCCGCGGCACCGGCUGGAUGCACAGAUUUAAGAUGUGUGAUCAAAUGUGCUCUGGCCGUGAUCAAGACAACGAAUGUUUCCCCCUCCCCUCCUGUCUCCGGGGCCCUUGUAACCCCUCCCUGCAGGUGCACGCCCCCGCCCCACCCCCUACACCAGUCUGCGGUUCCUGCGUAAGGAACGGAGCAGCCUUGCCCUGAGACAAUCAUUCUACGCGUCAUCCAAUCCACAUGGCUGGGCUUCUGCAUGGCGAUAGUCCGUUCUUGUUCAGGGUAGCGUGGGCUGACUGCGCGUGCAUUUCCUGCUGGGGGCAGUUGGGAUGGUUUGGGUUGUGGCCCUGACAAGCAGAGCUGCUGGGAACAUUUCUGGACGAGUCUUCGGGUGGAUGCAUGCUUUGCCGUGUUUGGAUCAAUGUCGAGGUGACGCGUGGCUGGGUCAUGUGACAGGUGUGUGUUAAACGCACGUUGUGCUGCUGUCCAGAGUGGUCACCACUUCACAGUCCCGCCUGCGGUGCGUGUGCCCCUCAGCCUUUCCAGCCUCAGUCUUAAUCACUGACCACUGAGUUCUCAUUGCAUUUGGGUUUCUUUUUUUUUUUUUUCUUUUUUUUUCUUUUUUUGCUGGCCAACCAUAGACUAGCAUUUUCUUUGGAGAAACAUCUGAUUAAAUCUUUUGCCUACUUUU